CAUUACAGGGGAGGGAGUCAGAACGACAGUCUUGAUCAUCCCUGAAGCAAACUCUGCUGGCUGAACGCUUCACCAAGCACUUUCUCACUCCUUUUCCAGAAUCACGCCGAAACAAAACAAAAAUGUCUCCAGUCAUUUUGUGCUGAACUUGUGCCUACCUAACUUGCGGAAGGAGCAACAGGACGCAACUGAGAAUCGGAAUCUGCAGAGCAAAUGCGAUUGUAAUCGAUUUUAAAAGGAAUAUUUUAACUCAUCUCUCUCCCUCAGCUUAUGUCAACUUGGCUGGAACUCAUUGUAUGCUGAAUCACAGCUGACCUCACCUCAGUGGCAUCAUGGCUUUAGAAGUGGAGCAAAAAGCAAGCAAACUGACUUUUGGAUUUCAGCGCAGUUCAACAUCAGAUGAUGAUUCUGGUUGCGUUUUGGAAGAGUAUGCAUGGGUUCCACCUGGCCUAAAGCCAGAACAGGUACAGCUCUAUUUUUCAUGCCUGCCAGAAGACAAGGUCCCUUAUGUCAACAGUCCUGGAGAGAAACACAGAAUUAAGCAGCUUCUGUAUCAACUACCACCGCAUGAUAAUGAGGUGCGUUACUGCCAAUCUCUGAGUGAGGAAGAAAAGAAAGAAUUGCAGCUCUUCAGUGCUCAGAGGAAGAAAGAUGCACUGGGGAGAGGAACUAUCAAACAGCUACCAAGAGUCCAAAUGCAUACUGCUUGUGAUCAGUGUGAGGAGAAGAUAAAAGGAGGUGAAGUUGCAAUAUUCGCCUCCAGGGCUGGUUCUGCUGUUUGCUGGCACCCUGCAUGCUUUAUCUGCUCAACCUGCCAGGAGCUCCUCGUUGACCUCAUCUACUUUUACCAAGACAGGAAAAUCCAUUGCGGCAGGCAUCACGCUGAACUUCUGAAACCCCGCUGCUCUGCCUGUGAUGAGAUUAUUUUUGCCGAUGAAUGCACAGAAGCUGAAGGCCGUCACUGGCACAUGAAGCACUUCUGCUGUUUUGAGUGUGAAACUGUUCUGGGUGGCCAAAGAUACAUUAUGAAGGAUGGGCGCCCAUACUGUUGUGGCUGCUUCGAGAGUCUAUACGCAGAAUACUGCGAAGCAUGUGGGGAUCAUAUAGGAGUUGACCAUGCACAGAUGACAUAUGAUGGGCAACAUUGGCAUGCCACCGACCAAUGCUUUUGCUGUGCCCAGUGCAGGACUUCGCUUCUGGGAUGCCCUUUCCUCCCAAAACAAGGUCAGAUUUUCUGCUCGAAAUCCUGCAGCCUGGGCGAAGACGUACACGCCUCAGACUCCUCCGACUCUGCGUUCCAAUCCGCGCGGUCAAGAGAGUCCAGGAGGAGUGUCCGACUGGGAAAAAGCAGCAAGUCAGCAGACCAAUGCAGGCAGUCGUUGCUGCUUUCGCCUGCUGUCAAUUACAAAUGCCCCGAUCUCUCUGGCAGGAGCGACGACCCAUUAUCUCAGCAAAUGGAUGCCCUCAGCCUCGGCAGCCCAGCUGCGAGUCUCAGCAACAAUCGUUUUUGGAACGGUCGGGUGGAGGCCGACGCAGCUGAGGAACAUGAAGAAUGGGCUGAGCACGACGACUACAUGACCCAGCUACUGCUUAAGUUUGGCAAUCGGGGCAUCUUUCAGCAGUUCAGUGAAGACGCCAAGCACUGGAUAUCAGACAGCGAAGCCAAAAGUAAGAAGGAACUGAAUGGCCGUAAUGGUCAGGGCUUGGUAAGUACGAAGUAUGAGUCCAACAUGUACUGGGCGCAAUCCCAGGAUAAUCUAGGAGAUUCCGCCUAUGGGAGCCACCCUGGACCAGCCAGCAGUCGCAAGAUUCAAGAGCUUGACAUUGAUCAUGGUGCAGCGGCCUACAAUCAUGACCAAAACCAGUGUAAGACAACACUUUUAAUCAUCUUGAGUUCAACAGUUAUAACACGCACCAUUGCCUUGCUCUGCGCUUCGGUAGAUGGAGAUAACCAGCAACGGUCGUCUGUAUUUGGUCUCCAGGACUUCCAAGAAGUUGAGAAUGACUGUGAGAAAAUGAGUAACAUGGGGACAAUGAACUCCUCAAUGCGCCACCGCAGCACGGAAUCCCUGAAGAGUUUGACCUCUGAUCUCUGUCAGGUCAUGGCACCAGAGGAGAAGCAAAAACCUCUCUGCAAUCCAAUGCUAAGAAGGUCAAAGUCUCAGUCAAGGCCCCAGCAAGUUAAGUUUUCUGAUGAUGUCAUUGACAACAGGAGUUACGAGGAGAUUGGAAUCCGGCAGCCUCCAAUGAGCGAGAGAACCCGUCGGCGUGCGUACAAUUUUGAUGGCUAUAGCAAUCGGCACCAUCACCGCCGCCGCAGGAGCAGGAAGUCCCGUUCUGACAAUGCCCUCCAUCUGGUGACAGAGAGGAGGAGUCCACGAGAAAGGCCUUGUGUAUACUCUCCGGAGGAUUGUGCAAAAUUAACCGAAGCCAAAAUCUCGCAGGAAAGGCAAGCGUACAUUCAAAGCCAGGAAUUGUAUGGGCAGUACAGUCAUAACCCAGACUACGCCCUACAGAACCAAGUCGUGGACAAAUUUCUUGGCUUGUAUGCUGAGGAUGAUGACUCCUGGUGCUCAACCUGCUCCUCUUCAUCCUCUGAUUCAGAAGAAGAAGGUUAUUUCCUUGGGCAACCGAUCCCACAGCCCAGGGCCCAACGAUACCAGUAUUAUACAGAUGAUCUUGCAGGGCCGUCAUCAGUGCUACUGAGUUCUGGUGUUGGAUCACGGACCACCAAAUCCAAAAAGAAAAAGGGGCACAAAGGGAAAAAUUGUAUCAUUUCCUAGGACAGAAUUAGCAUAAACCAAAUCUGCAAGGAGCCUUUCCAGCUUGCUACUCUGUGAAUUCAGAUGGUGUCACUAAAUGUCUAGUGGAAGCAACCUAUAAGUUCAUUUGAAACUACAGAACAUCCAGAAACAAAGUUAUUGGUGUUGAAACUGCUACUAUUGUACUUUAAGGCCAAGAGUGACUGACACAGCACUUGUGGAUAAACACACUAUUAUUUACGCUUGUAGCAGUACACUCAUUUCUGUAUUUUCAUGUACUACCUACUAAUAAGCAGUGCAGUGGGUAACAUCCCUGUCUGUGAGCCAGAGGGUUCAGGUUCCUGUCCCACUUCAGGACUUGAUGGUCAAGGAAGGUGCAUAUAUUAUGUCGCAAAACAGGUUGGUUAUGAACGGCAAAUUCUUCCCAUGCCAAUGGCAGGCAGUAACAACUGGAAAGAUACUUUGUGAGCCACGUGAUGGGAAAAGAAACAUUCUAUUGUCACUGUCCGAAGCGAUACAUAGAUACAUACAACAUGCAUGUAAAAGGUGAUGUUGCCACAGCAACUCAGACCCCACCCCUCUCUGAGCAAACACCAUAUAGUUCUUCAGUCAACCAGUACAACAUGGAACUUCAUACUGCUGAGUUUACACUUUGAGAAAGUUUUAACUGGUCUUAACAGCUUUUAACUUUGUAACCAUUUUAAUAUGUCUUUAUUGGUGCUUUAUUAUAAUGUUAAAUGUUCACUUAUAUUAAGGUAUUUGCAAUGAGUAUGUAAAGGCAAAGCAAAAGUUGCUGAGUGACCAAUGGGCAAUAAUGAAAGUCAGGCUGGACUAUGUGGGUGCAAAUCUGCUUCCCAAUUUUGAAUAUUCCAGGCAUAAAAGUAGCUGCAGUCCGUACUUUCAAAGAAAAAUGUUGGUAUUUAAAAUGUAGGAUUUAGUAACUAAAGUUAAUCAUAAUUUAACAGUGCAAAUACUGUAUAUAUUGUACAGUUCAGAUUAAGAACUGAUAUUUUUAUAUAUCCCUGAAUUACAAAACAAGUCGUUUAUCUUUGGUUGUAAGAAAUAGAUGUAAUGAAGUAAUUGGCAACAUCAUAUUCGUUUUCUUAAUGACUUCUUGUCAAGUAACAAUUUAGCUUGUCUUUAGGGCGUGUGUGUGUGUGUGUGUGUGUGUGUGUGCGCGCGCGCGCGCGUGUGCAUGUGUUUAUGCUUCUAUAUACAGCAGACGUUGCCCCCAGUCUUUUUGUUAAAUUAAAUUCUUGCCGGGGUUGUCAGAAUGCAGAGUAUUAAUAGUCCUGCCCAGUUGCAGAACCGGGUGUCCUUGCUGUGUUACAAGAGCUCAUUGUGAAUCAGAUAAUGUAAAGAAAUAUCAAACUGAUGUAUAAAUGUAAAAACUGGAACAUGUAG